UCCAUGGAAACCCCCCAAAAAAUUUGAAAUAAUUCAAAUUAGUUUUUAUUUAUUUUUCCUGUAGUUUAUAGUUUUCUGUUCAGACUUUCCCCCGUUUCUAAUUUUCUUUUGGCCCUUUGUUAAAUUCGCGAACGCCGUUUUUCCAGUGCGCCGCGGAAGAGAACAAAUUAAAAGAUGGACAAACUCACAUCAAAGGCACUUACGCCGAAAAACACAAAAAGCCUUACACGUAUCUCCCCUUUCAUCAAAUUCCUGAGAGAGAUGAAGGACGUCGUCGAGGUCGCUGAAUACGCCGAGGAUCGACUGUAUUUCAUAACGGUGCGGAACAAAAGAGAAAUGAAGAGCACACCGUAUGUCCAUUUUUUCAACACGGACGAUACGCUCAUCUACCACAACUUCUACGGUGACUUUGGCCCCCUUAAUCUCGGAAAACUUUACAGGUUUUGUUGUAUGCUAUUUGCCAAAUUGACAUCGAAGAAUUACAUAAACAAAAAGCUUGUUUAUUGGACGAUAUUGGACAAGAAAAAGAGAGCCAAUGCUGCGUUUCUCAUAUCCGCUUUCGCUGUCAUCUACCUCAACAGGAGUCCGAGGGAUGCCAUUGGUCCGAUAUUGAAGACAAAGCAUCCUAUAGCGCCUUUUGUUGAUGCCAACAUGAACGGGGUCAACGAGGCUUUUACGAUACGAAUAAUAGACUGCCUUAACGGGCUUAACAGGGCUUUCUACUUCGGUCUCGUCUGCUUCUCAGAUUUCGAUUUAAUAGAGUACGAAACGUACGAAGGGACUAACCUCGACAACCCCGGUGACCUGUCUUGGAUCGUGCCCAAGAAGCUGCUUGCGUUUGCCGGCCCUUGUGGCGAGAGGAACGGCAAUUGCCCAGUCGAGUUUUACAUAGGGUACUUCAAGGCGAAUCAAGUCGUAUGCGUCAUCAGGCUAAAUAAAAGCAGAUAUGACGCUGGCAUUUUCAUAAACCACGGGAUAGACCAUUUCAACAUGUACUUCCCUGACGGAUCGACUCCUCCUCGAGGGCUCGUGCAGGAUUUUCUUGACAUCGUAGAGAAGUGUCCAGGAGCAGUGGCAGUGCAUUGCAAGGCAGGGCUCGGGAGGACCGGCUGCCUCAUCGGCGCGUACCUAAUGAAGCACUACAAAAUGUCCUCCAGCGAGGCGAUCGCCUGGAUGAGGAUCUGCAGGCCCGGCUGCGUCAUCGGCGCGCAGCAGACCUGGCUCGACGGUAUGCAGCCGUCGCUGUGGAGGGCCGGCGAGACCUAUAGGGAUCUUCACCACGGUUCUCCAGAAAAGAUGAGACAGCACAAAUACGGUAUAUAUAGCGUAAGGGCGAAGACUGCGAGGGAAAACAAACAGGAUCUCCACUCCCCGUCUCAGUACAAAGAAAAGUAUCUGACUUCAGUAGCGGAUUUCGAGAAAAGAAGACAGUUCGCUGUCGAUGAUCUCUCCUACUUCCAUUUCAAAGAACGAUUGAAGAACAAACAGCAGAACGAAAGCGAUCUCCUCGUCCGGGAACCGUCCAACACCCAAGGCGACCUCCUCCUCUCGGCGAGACUCGCCAACCUCAAAGGUUCCAGAGACCAAGAUGCCGAAAAGAAGCCGACCAACCCCUGAGGCGCACGCCGAGGAAUAUGUUUGUCCGUCGUUUUAAUCGAAUAAAAUUUUUUUCGACCAA